CAGCGCAAGCGUGCUGGCCGCUACGGCAAUACAAUAAAAUUUUCUCUUAAAAGAAAAAAUAAAUACUGCGUCACGAAAUUAAAAAUUAAACGUUCGAAUUUCAAAAUGGAAUCGGAUUUAUUGUCAGCUGGUGAGAAAAAUACAAAAUGGCCGUUUGAUACUCAAGUGUUUAAGUUAUUACAAUUUGUAAGUGGUGUGUAUUGAGUUUCUGUGUUUUGGUUGGUGAUAAUUUGUGAUAGUGGUGAUGUCAAGUGGAUAUGGGUGUGAUAAUGAUAACUGUUUACGGGAUUGGAUUGUUCAAUGCGGAGGAUUUUAUGGAAAAUAGCGAUGGAGUCGUCAGCAGUCACAGGAACAAUUAAAAACAAAAAUAAUGAAAACCAAAUGCAAGUGGAAAUGUUCAAUAAUCACAAACAUUUUAGACUAAAAUAAGUGCAAUAUCAUGUAAUUAGGUGAAAUUAGAUGAAAUUACAAUCAAUGUGUCUUUGUGUAGUGAUGAAGUGAGUUGAAACUUGGUGAUGAUGGAUGACUAGUGGGUGACAGUAAUGGGGUGUGGCCAGAGUAAGAUAAAUCUCUACCCGAGAAGAAAUAAGAAUGGUAGUAAAGGGAGCAGUGCCAAAAAAUCGGGCGCAGCGGACAAGGACGCGGAUGAGGAGGAGGGCAGCGCGGGCGGCGCGGUGCCGGCCGACGAGCAGGAGGAAGACGCAGACACCGGCAAGCAUAUCCUGCCGCUCAACCAUCCGCCUGUCGUUGAGGUGUCCGCCAGCCAGCAGGAUUUCUUCAAAAUGCUCGAUGAAAAAAUAGAAGAAGGCAGAGACUACGAUUCAUCGAGUGAAACCGAGGUGCAGUUGGAGCAAGAACGCCGUAGGAUACUUAUAGACCAAUGGCGCUCCACUUCACUGUCAACCCAGUCGUCCCAGUCCCAACCGAGUCCCCCGACGCCAGCGAGGAGACGUGUAGCCCGACCAGUCCCUCAACCCCCUGAACGAGGGAGCCCUAACACUGUUCGGCGAUAUUGCCGCCAACAACAUGUCCCCGAUGGCAUGUCCCCACCACCACGACGCGCCCACAGCGCCCAAUCCCACCACCAGGACCCUCGAAACUACAACGGCGACAACUGGCACGAUCCCACCAAAUCGCCAGUCAAACGGCCCCAAAGCGCCGGUGCCAACUGGAAAAACAACCCCAAAGUCGCACCAUACAAUCAAAAACCGAAGAAAAACGAAGCGAACGAAAACCAAAGAGCAAGCCAAAAAGACUUGGACCUCACCGGAUCUAGUCAAGAUGUCUCACAGAUUACAUUCAACCCUACAUUCCAAACUCAUAGUCCUGCCCACUCGGGGAAACCUCAGCCUUACAUAGCGCAGAUCCUGUCAUAUCCAAUGUCCCAGCAAGUUACUCCGCCGUCUCCACCGAAAUACAUCGCACCUCCGGAAGAAUAUCAAGAUCCGCAGAACAACGUAACCGAUAACAAAUACGCUACCACUCAAAGGCAGACACCUACUGCGCAAGUCAAUUCUCAAUCUCAUAUCUACUACAUACACGGCAAUGCCACGACCGCAGGUGCCCAGGAUUUAGCGCAGCAAAGACAACAAACCGCCAUACAUCUGCAGCAAUACGUAGCGAUGAAGCAAGCGCAGCAGCAGAUGAUCAGCUACUUACAAAGAACGCCUCACACCGUAUUUCCGAAUGUAGACUACAGUCAGACCCGAAUGUACGGUGAAGUGAGUGAAGAGUUUAUAUCUCAAUACGGUCACCCGGCGAUGAGGCCACACAGCGCGCCCAGUCCAGUAGGAGUGGUGAGGCCGAUGCCAGUGGGCCCCGGCUACAGCCCGCUGCCGGACGGAGCGCAUAUGAUGCAGAUGCCGAUGUGGCCGCACAUGCCGCCGGUGGUGGCGACUAUGGGCCCCUGGGUGCCCGGGCAAGUGCCUCCGGAGAUGCAGUACUACCCGCAGUCGCAGUUCAUGUCGAUGUACCGCCCGAACUCGGCGGGCUCGGCAGGGACGCUCACCAGAUACCACAAGAAGGAGCCUGGCGAUGGCGAGGCGAAGAAUAACGUGUGCCAAAGCAUAAAUUUAGUCAGGCAGAAGCCCAUUGGACAGAUAGUGUCCGCGCCGGGGCAGGAGCUGUCGGUGUGCAACAACGCUAACGACAGCCCCAGCCCAGCGUCGGUGAGCACGGACAGCGGGGUGUCCCCCGGGAACAGCGUGCCCAGCUCCAAAAACUCCGUCUUCAGCGCCCCCUCGACAGGCUCCAGCGAAACCUUCACAGUAGAUAAUAAGAUCAAGAAGAACAAAACUGCUCCCUUUAACACGAGAUCUCUAAAAAACUCUAAAAGUCUAGAUUCUUAGUAAAAGUUUGUAAUUAUGUAGAUUUUCUAAAUGUACGUAGCGUCUAGCCGAUGACUAUAUGUAAAGUAUAGUGAACUUAGAUUCCAAAGUGCUUAUCUCAUGUGAUUUUAUGAAACAUUUUUUUAUGGGUCGGUGUUAAAUGCUCUUGUCAAUGUAGUUAAUUGUAAUAUUAAACUUGAUCAUUCUUGGUAUGGGAAUGAUGUGGAUGAUUCUUUUGAGUUUUCCACGAAAUGCAAUAAAAAUGAGAGCUACUUAUAUUGUUAUAAAGUAACGAUUGACAGUACAGCUUAUUGGUAAGCUUUUUACAGCUUACGAACAAGCUGUACUGCUGUCGAUCGUUUGCGAUGAGCUCACCACACAGCUUGGCAGAUAUAAAUCGGCUUAAGUCUGUGAGGUAAGCUCGUCGAUAAAGCUCGCUUUUACCUUCAAAAAUGUUGCAUACUUUUCAGUAAGUACCUGUGACUUAUUUAAUAUUCAUAAACAAUAUAUAAUUUAAAAAUAGCAACACUAAAAAUAAUAAUGUAUUUUGAUUGGAUGUCGCGAGUUUAGUUUUGUAAAGUUAUACCUAUUUGGUAGUUCCGAUUUUUUUUUAUAAAUUGAUGUACUUAAGUAAGAAAGAAUAGCUCUGCAGCUUUUUAAUAGCAAUAUCUUUUAUGAUUAUUAAGUCUCGGUGUUUUUAAUACUUUUGCAGUAUACGGGUAAUAAUUUAUUAUUAUUUUUUAAUUUAAAAGGUAAGAAAAAAUGAAUUUUAAUCGAAUCUAAAUGUAUGUUUAGAUAAAAACGUGUAAAUGGUACCUCUAAGUGCCGAACGAUGCAUUUUAAACUA